GAUACGUUGAGAGUGUCGUCUCAGCUGCUCUCCUCCUGACGAAUGUGCCUUCAUUUUACUAUUGUACGCUACUGAAACAGUUUUAAAGUGUCUGUAAAGUAAAACGGGUCUAUUUCUGUCGGUAUUAGACGCGUUUUAUUAAGUUUGUGGGUCGUUAGCAUAUUAGCUCUUUAAAGAUGGCGGAUCCGUGGAAUCGAGGACAUGGUGCUGUGGACGAUAUGCUGGAUGUUGAAAACAAGCGUAUGGCUGAUAAUCUUGCCAGUAAAGUUUCUCGACUGAAAUCUUUGGCUUAUGACAUCGACAAAGAAGCAGAAGAACAGAAUUCAUAUUUAGAUGGCAUGGACUCCAACUUCCUCAGUGCAACUGGCUUGUUGACUGGAAGUGUGAAGAGGUUUUCCGGGAUGGUACGAUCGGGCAGAGACAACAGGAAGAUCCUCUGUUACGUGUCCAUCGGCCUGGUGAUGGUCUUCUUUUUGCUGUACUACAUAGUAACACGGAUCCAGAACUAAUGAGUUGUUUAGUAAAGUUUUAGAACACUUGGUUUCUCAGUUUUAUGAGAAAUGUUUUCCCACCGUGAAGCGGAUGCUGUGUUUGAUCCCAUUAUGAGCAGAUUUCAAAGAGGAAUACAUCGAUUAUCUUUCCUUUAAGAAAAGAGAUGACUGGGGCUGGAUGAUGUAUAACAUUUACCUUUAUUUAAACUUACUCUUGCAUUCUCUAGAGUAACAUAUUCAAUGUAUAUAUUCGUAGUCAUUCAAACAUGCAUUGGACCAACAUUCAUAUAAUGGUUUAAAGUUGAAUAAAAGCAUUUUUUUAUUCUCAUGAUUUAUAUUUGUACCAUUGCAGAGUAUGUAACAGACUUUAAUAUUUUUUGCUAAUUAUGUGCAUUAAAAUAAUUUUUAAUGGUAA